AUGCCAACUUUGAAACUCUUAUGAGCACAUCGUGCCCUCCCAAAAAACUAUCGAAAAACCAAUAUGUUCUUAAUCACAUACGUCGAACACGCACCAUCGGUUUAAAAGAAUUACCACCUCCCUUUCCCAACGGCUGGUAUUGCAUUAUGGAGUCAUCAAUGUUAGAAGCGAAUACUGUUUCUUAUAUUUCCUGUCUGGGAGAGCAUUUCAUAAUUUUUCGAACACUAGACGGCCAAGUUAGUGUUUUGGAUGCGUAUUGUCCCCAUAUCGGCGCAAAUAUGGGAAUUGGGGGGCGAGUAAAGGGAGAUAAUAUUGAAUGCCCUUUCCAUCAGUGGAGAUUUAGAGGAAGUGAUGGAACAUGCAUAAAUAUACCGUACAGCUCCACAGGUAAAGCUUUCGACACGUAAACUGAAAAUAACAAGGUGUUCUAAAUCAGGGGUGUCAAAUAUACAUAUAUGUGUAUGGCUUAUUUAAGUACUUAC